AUGACGAAGCGCACCAAGAAGGUCGGAAUCACCGGUAAAUACGGCACACGUUACGGUGCUUCGCUCCGCAAGCAAGUCAAGAAGAUCGAAAUCUCCCAGCACGCCCGAUACACAUGCACAUUCUGCGGAAAGGUCUCUGUCAAGCGUAACGCCGUUGGUAUCUGGGACUGCAGAUCGUGUGGAAAGACUGUUGCCGGUGGAGCCUACACUGUAUCGACACCAGCUGCUGCUGCAACACGCUCGACUAUCCGUCGUCUGCGCGAGAUCGCCGAGGUCUAA